ACUCCCCAACAUGAAGGAACAGAUAAUGUGCAUACACCCGCUUUCCCGGCAUAAAAAAAUCACAACUUUGCUUCAAUUCAUCCUCAAUGCCAUGGCUAUUACACAUUAAUUUGUACAUUAAAGCUUACAAGUUGCUACUCAACAAGUAGUUAUGAGGGUCAUUCAAUAUGGGUCUUGCUCAAUUCCAUCAUCCUUUUCAAGGAAGAGAGUUGGAGUCGUCGAAGUGAUCAAGUCUAAUUUGUCAAACUCAGAUGCGAAGAGAGCAAACCUUUCUGCCAGGAAGAAGGACAGAAUUAAGCUCCCCAAGCAUGACGGUAUUGGUGAUGGUAAUAAAUCAUUGCAUAUAAGUGAGUUUCUGAGCCAUAAAUCUGGUGUUGAGGCAAUGUUGAACAAGAGAGCUUUGCAAAGCUUUGAAUCUAUUGAUUCUAACAUGUACAGGUGUACUCUGCCACAAGUUCAACUUCUGAAUUUUGAAGUUGCCCCAGUUUUGACACUAAAAGUGAACCCGACCAGCGAAGAUUGUACUGUAGAGAUGUUGUCUUGUAAGUUUGAGGGUUCUGAUCUGGUAGAGCAGCAGAAUGACCACUUUUCAGCAUCAAUGGUAAACCGUAUAACAUGGGAAACAGUUGAGUCUCAGCCUUUCCUCGAUGUUGAUGUGAAAUUGAAUAUAUCUCUCGAGAUAUAUACGAUGCCAUUCACCAUGCUGCCUACUUCUGCUGUUGAGAGUCCCGGUAACAUAAUGAUGCAAGCUUUAGUGGACAGGCUAGUACCGUUGCUGUUGCAACAACUGCUUCAGGAUUAUGGCAACUGGGUUCGACAAUAUCAGAAAUCUCUAUCGUGAAUCCAACCCUUUUGUACCCGAGUAAGUUUACAUUUAUGGCUCCGGGAGGACAACAUAAUGAAACUCCAUCUAGCUAUAAUACUCCAUGUGAGACCAUUUGCUCCUAUCUUGAUGGACAAAUUUACCAGACACUUGUACUUGUGUGAUGUUGCAAGCUUCAACUCAGCUUCCUCAACUAAAAGACUUCACCCAUGGACUAGUCUAGGCGUGCACAAGCUGGUUCGGACAUCAUCUUAUAUCAAAAGUGUAUGAUUGUACUAUAUAUAUAUGUAUGUAUGAAACUUCAUCCUUCUGUUGGCGAAGUUUAAGCCGCCUAUUUGGUGCUCCUUUCUCUUGUACUAUAUGUCAAUCUUCCCUUAGUGAUAUGAAGUGAAAUAAUUAUUUUCACCACAAA